AUGACGGGUGUGCCACCGCCCCGCAGCUUCGAACCUCCGCCAGGUUCCAAGGUGAAGCCGAAGAAGAUUUUGUCGCCUAUCCACCACUACUUGUCCCGAUCACGAAAGCCAUUUUGGUGUGCAGAGCACCCUGUCACUCGACCGCCGCGGAUUUAUGUGGAUCAGAAGUCGGUCUUCCGCGAGGUCGCCGCCGUGACUCAGCUCCGACGUGGGGACCACUGCAUGAUCACCUUGAACGUGCUGCGGUGCCUGAGCCCCUGGGUGGACUACCUGGUGAGUUUGAUGGGUUCGCUGGAGCUCUUCCACCUCUACCACCACUUUGUUAUCCUCGAUGAUGUGGCUUUCGUGGACGACUUCGGGGUUCCAAGAACUGAGCAGGAUGAGAUCGUGAGCAUCAUGGAGUACUCGAACACCGUCGAAGGCUUCAUCGAGGAAGUCCGUGUCAAAGCCUUCGGAGCCUGGUGCUCGCUGCCCCGCGUCCUCCUUCAAACGCUGCUCCACAAGGCCCACUGUCACAAGGUGCCAUUGGCGGAUUAUGGCGACAUGCCGCACAUCUUUCGGAUGGAGGAGAAGCUCAGUGAAGAGGAUCGCGAACGGAUCGUCCGUGAUGCUGUGAACUUGAUCGACAACCAGAUCAGUUACAACAUUUUGUGGGCCAACUGUGAACACACCACGAACCUCGUAUCUGGAAAGCAGCAGUACACUUCCCCCGAAGUGCACUUCUUUAUUUGGAGCCUGGUGCGGUAUACUUUGACAGUGUUGGGUUUGGCGACCCUGCACGUCGUGACACUAAAAUGCUACAGCAGAUACUGCCUCCACUUCCCGCUUUGGGCAUUGGUGGCCUACUAUUCCUGCACGGCUUUGCCGGUAUUGGCCCAGAUUCUUGUCCAAUUUGCGCGCAUGGCGCACACGGUGGCCGCAUCUUGGCGCAAAAGCCUCAUCUCCAGGAGUGACGUCUAUCAUUUGCUGGUGAAGGAGCUCUGCCGCGCCAUCUUUAACGGAGCCCUUGCAGUCGGCUUUCUGGUGUGGGCUCCUGAUAUGAUCAAGAUUGCAGAUGGCAGGUAUCCUGUGCGGAUCUCCAUCGCCAUUGUCUUUGCUUACCUCGCCAGUGACGCUGCCUUCGCGCUGCUCGCCCAGGUGGUGACGAGGAUCCUCGUCCAGACGAAGGGCCAUUUCUGGUUGAUCGGCGGCAGCGACCACACGUGGGAGGAAGAGCAACUCCUCAAAGCGAAGGCCCACAAAAGCAAAACCGAAUAA